AUGGCAUCAAGAUUCUUCCACGGCGACAGCUCGAGCGAGAGCAGCUCUUCUGACGAGGAAGAGCUCUAUUCCGACAAGGAGGAGGAGGAGGAGGCAUCUGAUGCAGAAGAUUCCGAUGAAGAUGAAGAUGAGGACGACGAUGACUCCUCGAGCAGCGACGAAGACGGCGGCAAGAAGAGCGGUGUCAGCAAGUUCUUGCGAGAUGCAGACUCUGAGAGCGAGGAUAGCAGUGACGAGGAUGUGGCCAAGGUCGUGAAGAGUGCUAAGGACAAGCGCUUCGAGGAAUUGGAGGGCACCGUCAAGGCCAUCGAAAAUGGACAAAAAAUCAACGAUUGGGGUGUCAUUUCUGCAGAGUUCGAUAAACUCAACCGACAAGUAGUCAAGCUCGUCCAGGCUGGCAAUACCCCGAAGCUGUACGUUAGAGCUAUCGCCGAGUUAGAGGAUUUUAUGAACGAGACAAUCGCCAAGCAGAAGGUUUCAACAAAGAAGAUGAAUGCAACCAACGCCCGAGGCCUGAACGCUGUGAAACAACGCAUCAAGAAGAACAACAAGGACUACCAGAAGGAUAUCGAUGCGUACAGAGCAGACAAGGAUACUUUCAUGGAGUCCGAGGAUGAAGAGGAGCCCGCGCCAAAGCCCAAGAAGCCAAAGGCCGUUUCUGGUGUGCCUCAACCCGCUUUCGAGGAGGACGACGAGGGAUUCUCAACCGUUGGCAAGGGUGGGAGAACACUGCAGUUCACGCCGGAGAGUAUUCUCAAGCAUCUGCGGACCAUUAUGGAGUCUCGAGGAAAGAAGAACACAGACCGGACAGAACAGAUCAAGAUUAUGGAGAAGCUGUACGAAGUUGCGGGGACUCCAUAUCAACAAGUCCGAGUUCUUUUGACCAUCAUUUCCACCCGAUUUGAUUUGACCACUGGUGUCCAGACAUUCAUGUCUCAGGAUCAAUGGAAGGCAGCUGAGCAAGAGUUUGCCAAACUUCUCAAGGUUCUCGAGUCAAAUAGGGAUUUGGUCGUGACCGAGAGUGCGGAAGAAUGGGAAGAUGACGAGAAGCAACCGACCAUUACCCCGGGCGUGAAGUUCAAGAUCCCUGGCAGCAUUGUCUCGUAUGUUGAGCGACUUGAUGACGAGCUCACGAGAUCCCUUCAGCACAUUGAUCCGCACACUGCCGAAUACAUCGACAGACUAUCGGACGAAGGCGCCCUUUACAACAACAUUACCCGGGUCUUAUUGUACACAGAAAACCUCCGCCAGGACGAGAGCCUUCAGAUUCCACAAGACAACCUCAAUCGAAUCGUGAUGAGAAGACUAGAGCACGUCUACUUCAAGCCAUCUGCAGUGGUCAAGAUCCUCGAAGAGAACUGUUGGAAAUCGAUUCCCGAGAACUUGGAAUCCGCUAUCACACCUCGUAGUCAAGUUCCCGAUGCCACAGCGCUUGUCAACGUCCUCUGCAACUAUCUCUUCGUCAACAGCGAGGGCAUCAUCCGUGCUCGAGCCAUGCUUUGCCAGAUUUACUUCCUUGCUCUGCACGACAACUACUAUAAGGCUCGUGACAUGAUGUUGAUGUCUCAUUUACAAGAGACUAUUAAUGCUUUCGAUGUUCACAGCCAGAUCCUCUUCAACCGGACCUUGGUUCAAGUGGGACUGUGCGCUUUCCGAGCUGGUCUAGUAUAUGAGGCUCAGACCACCCUUCAAGAAAUCUGCGGUUCCGGACGACAAAAGGAGCUGCUUGCCCAAGGUGUCAUGAUCCAAAGAUAUAACCAAGUCUCGCCAGAGCAAGAACGCCUCGAGCGCCAACGACAACUUCCUUUCCACAUGCACAUCAACCUCGAGCUCCUUGAGUGCGUCUACCUCACCUGCAGUAUGCUUCUCGAGAUCCCUCUCCUGGCACAAACUGGCUCGUCUCCCGAUAUCAAAAAGCGCGUCAUCAGCAAGACGUAUCGCCGCAUGCUCGAGUACCACGAGCGACAAAUUUUCACCGGCCCACCCGAGAACACUCGAGACCACGUCAUGCAAGCCUCCAAGGCAUUGGCCGCCGGAGAAUGGAAGAAGGCGACCGAGUUUAUCCACUCCAUCAAGAUCUGGGAACUCAUGGCCAAGCCAGACUCCAUCAAGGAAAUGCUCUCUGCACAAGUCCAAGAAGAAGGCCUCCGAACAUAUCUCUUCACAUAUGCUCCUUACUACGAUACCCUCUCAGUUGGUACCCUUUCAUCGAUGUUUGAGCUCUCUGACCGCAAGGUCGCCGCCAUUGUCAGCAAGAUGAUUAGUCACGAGGAGCUUGCAGCCGCCCUGGACCAAGUCAACUCGUCCAUCAUCUUCAGAAAGGGUGUCGAGCUGAGCAGACUGCAGAGCUUGGCACUAACUCUCAGCGACAAAGCCAGCGGUCUCAUAGAGAGCAACGAGCGGACUCUGGAGACAAGAACACAAGGCACAGCCAACGCUUUCGAGCGACAAGGUGGCAGAGGUGGACGUGGUGGACGAGGCGGGGGACGUGGCCGAGGAGGCGGUGGACGUGGUGGCGGUGGAAACGCUGCGCCGAGACAGUCCGGUGGUACUCAGUUUACAGGUGGUGCGCUGGGUGCUGCGAUCCGGGCUUAG